UUUCAUUUUCUCUUACCAUGUACAUCAGUGAGUUGUUACAAAGUAACUUUCUGAAUGAACCAAGAGAGAAUAUAGAAGAACGUGAAGCAGCAAUAGAGCUUCGGGAGGGAAUAGAGGAGCAGGAGUUGUUGCUGGAAUGCCUUUUGCUGAUACAACAAAGAAAACAGGAAGCUGCAGAUAAGUUGCAAGAUACAAUUUCCCUUGUAUCUUCUGAUAUAGAUGAAGUUUCAAAGCAGCAGUCAAUUCUUUGGGGAAAAGGGUGCUCUUGUCCAGAACUGGGCAAGGAUUCUGCUUCUGGUCCCCCUUCAAUGGAAUUUGUUGAAAAUGAAGAUUCUAGUUGCUCGGGGUCUAGAAAGAGGUACAGACAAGGGCUUCAGAGUCAUAAUGCAUCGGAAUAUGGUGGUCAUCUACAUGAAGGUCAGAAUUCAGAAGCUCCAGCUGAGAAUCAAGGAAGUAUUCUCUCAAAAAGUUCUCGAUUGAUGAAGAACUUUAAGAAACUGGAGUCAGCUUAUUUUUUGACAAGACAAAGGCCUGUAAAGCCAACAGGGAAAUCGUUAACUCGACAGUCUCCAGUAAGCAGUGAUGGUAGAGGGUCCAUUGUUGUUACUGAAAGAAGUUCUGUCAAUAAUUUGCCCUUGAAUGACCAGUUUAGUGAAGCUAGACAAAGUGGAUGGAUAAAUUCAUUCCUCGAGGGGUUGUGCAAGUAUCUGUCUUUCAGUAAAUUAAAAGUUAAAGCAGAUUUGAAGCAAGGGGAUCUUUUAAAUACCUCCAAUCUAGUAUGUUCUCUGAGUUUCGAUCGCGAUGGCGAAUUUUUUGCGACUGCUGGCGUGAAUAAGAAGAUCAAAAUAUUUGAAUAUGGCACAAUUUUGAAUGAAGAUCGUGAUAUCCAUUAUCCUGUAGUUGAAUUGGUCAGUAGGUCAAAGCUGAGCAGUAUAUGUUGGAAUAGUUAUAUCAAAAGCCAGAUUGCUUCUAGUAACUUUGAAGGUGUGGUGCAGGAAGAAGCAAGGACACCAACCCACUGGUAUGCUUUGCACACAGCCAGGACAACUGGUUUUUCCUCUAUUCAGAGAUUCUUCAUGCUAAAGGCCCUGAAAAUUUGGUAUUAA